CAACCUCAUCAUCGCCAGUCCAUACACUCGCCGUCGCGACAAGCCUUCAAGAUGCCGAGCCACAAGAGUUUCCGCACCAAGCAGAAGCUUGCCAAAGCUCAGAGACAGAACCGUCCUAUCCCCCAGUGGAUUCGUCUCAGGACCGGUAACACCAUCAGAUAUAACGCCAAGCGCAGGCACUGGCGCAAGACCCGCCUCGGCAUCUAAACUCGUC